AUUUUCCGUAAACGUAACCGGGAGCGCCACCGUCGCUAGACCGAGUAUGUCGCGUGAGAAUCCGUUGCAGUUAGCGGAAGUGAACGUUGGAGUCCGUGUCGUAAAUGGCAACGAAAGCGAACGUCCGGCGUGUCGACAGACCUUUAGACCAGUAACUGCUUUAUUUAUUUAGGAAAUAUAUACAUAUAUACGAAUGAACUAUUAACCUACGUUUAAGUAUGGACGAUAGCGAAAUUCGUAUGGAUAAUCGGAAAAAUAACGAGAGUAGCGUGAUUACUCCCAACGACGAUGGACAGCAAGUACCGUCGACGACGGGUACCAACAGGCGGGUCCCGGUGUGCGCUAGAUGUAGAAACCACAAUGCCAACGUUGCGAUCAAGGGUCAUAAACGCUAUUGUCCGCAUCGUUUUUGCAGGUGCUCAAAGUGCACUUUGAUAGUUCAUCGACAGCGUGUUAUGGCUCUGCAAGUUGCUCUUAGAAGAGCCCAAGAACAAGAUGAAGCAAUGGGUAGACCUCACGAAGAAUCCGACGAGUUGCCCGUAACUCGUACGUCGCCCAUAAGUCGCUCCUUGUCGCCCAUAUUAGACACCUGGACAAAUAAGUCGAGUGAUUCAAUUACUUUUGGAAGUAUUGGACCUUUGAUGAGCAAAAAAGAGGGGAGAGGUUUGUGGAAACUCGGACAAACUGAGACGAGGGCCUCCAUAACCCCGGCCAAAGCUCAAGAGGCAUUGUCCGCCCUUCGAUCUUUUGUGUCGAUGUUUGUGCAUUCACCCGAAUCGUAUCCCAAAGCAAAUUUAUUCCUUUACGUCAUUCUGAAGGAUUGCAGAUUUAACGUGGACGAGGCUUACGGUAGACUAAUGGAAGCGGAAGCGGACAUGAGAACCUACGCCCUGCAAGAACGAACCGUGGUCCAGCCGAUUAUUAACACGUACCGGCCUAGCGUGCCGCAGCAGAGUAUGUCGGGGUCGUCUCUGUUCUAUCCCCCCUUGGGAUGCCUCCCCUACUAUCGCUGUCCUCCGGAUAUGAACGGCAACGGUACCGUGGCUAACUGUCACUCGCUGGCUACAACCGGCGUCUACAACUAUCACAAUCUGAUCCGCGACCGAAGCGCGGAUUAUCCCCUAGCGGAACGCGAAGACACCGACGGCGAAAAUCGCAAUUUGGGCCUGCCCGGUCUGACGCACGGCAUCGUGCCCAUCGGAUAUCACACGGCAUUCGCCUCCGGUCUGGUGACGGGUGGCAGGAGCGCAGAAAUUAACUCUCCGGACACUUAAGGGUCGGGAUGGAAGUGCCUUAAACACGUUUAAGAAGGGAUAUAAUAAGGAAGAAGAGAAUAUCUACACUUGAAUACAAAUUGUGAUAAAUAUAACGUACUCUUAUUCCAUCGAUAUUGAUAACGAGUAUAUUUAAAAUAAUAAAAAAAAAAUAAGGAUCGACGACUAGAAAAUCAAAAUUAGAAAUAUGAAUAAAUAAUUGUAACGUACUUCGUUAAAACUAUAUACGUAUUAGAAAUGAAUCAAAAAACAUGAAAAAGUUAUGGGUUUUUCUCUGUCUUUAUGAGCCUAUAUAUCACUAUUUGUGUGUGUUAACAAAGUGUUAUUUUAAAUUUGGUAAUUUGCUGUGAUAAAUCGCAAAAAAGCAAGUAAACACACAGAAAAGACACUAAAAACUAUAAAGAAUGUAUUUAACGUCACAGCGUUCAUGUUACGGUCGAUAUCGUUCUUCGUUGUCUAAGUAGACCCCACGAGGGAGGUGCAAAAUUUAAAUUGCUCAUUCUGUAUACAGUUUAAAAUAGUUAUACGUAACUUAAUGUCAUUCGAGGAUACUAGACAAAAUUCCUUCCUCCUCUUUGUUUUCUUACACUACGACGCGACGUAUGUUGCCAGGAUGAUUGUGGCAAUCAUCCUGGCAACAACGACGGUUUCUUUUCCCGUAUGUUUAAACAAGAAGUCGUGCAUUUAAAUUAUAUUCUUGACCCGAAUUUUCAGAACCCAGUUCCGGUUUUCGAGAUAAAGUUAUCGUUUUGCAAAACACACAAAUAUGC